AAAAUUAUUAGAAAAAUGCAUGAAAUUUAAAAUGACACAAGUACCCAUAAUUGGUUGGGGAUAAAGCGUGGCAAUACCUUAAUCAUUCAAAUAAGGAUAUGAUGAGUUAGUUGAGUUUCACCCUCUUUGUCUUUUGCACAUGGCAAAGUACUGAAACAUUUGCUUAGGAAGUAGGAAGUAGGAAGUAGGAACCGAACCAUGGCACUAGCACCGUUCGGUUCUGCUAAUUCCAACACUUUAUUCCUCACAUUUCCAAUACCACCACCGUCAUAUCUUAUCCAUAAUAAAAAUCAUCAUCGUAGUACUAAUUUCGUGUUCAGUAGUACCUCACAUGUCAGCUAUGCUCAUAAAAGAUCUUCUUCUGGUGCCACUAUUAUUUGUUCUGCUUCCAAUAAUAAACCUUCUCAAAUUAGCUCUACAGCCAAGAUAAGGAGCGAGGUUCUAUCUCCUUUUCGGUCUCUUAGGAUGUUCUUUUACAUCGCUUUUAUCGCAAGUGCUUCUCUUGGAACACUCAUAGCAACAUCACAACUAAUUGGUGCAUUGACAAAUCCCUCAAGAGCAUCCCAAGUUCCUGAAAUUCUCAAAGGCCUUGGCAUCGACAUUGGAGCGGUAUCUUUGUUUGCUUUCUUGUACUUAAGAGAUAACAAAGCCAAGAAUGCACAAGAGGCUCGGCUCUCGAGAGAGGAAUUUUUGUCAAAUCUUAAGCUCCGUGUGACAGAGAAUAAGAUCAUUCCUGUAAACUCAUUAAGAGGAAUUGCUCGACUGGUAAUCUGUGCUGGCCCGGCAUCCUUCAUAACCGAGUCUUUUAAGCGAAGUGAACCUUUCACUGAAAGUCUUUUGGACAGAGGAGUGCUUGUAGUUCCCUUAGUAACGGAUGGAAACUCGCCUGUUUUAGAGUUUGAAGAGACCGAGACUGAGACUGAUGAGGCAAAGCAACUUGCCACCAGAAGGAAGAGACUAUGGCAGCUGGCUCCAGUUAUCAUCUCCGAAUGGUGGCUAGAUGAACAAAAGAAGUUGGCAGGUGUAUCCUCCGAGUCUCCAGUGUAUCUAUCUCUACGCUUGGAUGGUCGAGUUCGUGGAAGCGGCAUCGGUUAUCCUCCUUGGAAUGCUUUUGUUGCACAAUUACCACCAGUGAAGGGAAUGUGGACUGGUCUAUUGGAUGGCUUCGAUGGUAGAGUUUAGAACAAGUUUUUUUUUUCUUUCUUCAGAAGCUUAAUCUUUCAUAUACUCAUCCACCAAAAAUAAGGAGUUCAGCCCAUUCUAUCAAACUUUCAUACUUUGGUCUCUAUAUAAUUUUUCGCCUUAGUCUUUUGAUGUAUUGAAAUGUACUUGAAAAAUCAUAUAUUUAGUUUAGGACAAACUAAGUCUCUUUCAAUGGUUUA